AUGGAGAGAAACCUUUUAGCAAAGCCAGUGUUCAGCUUAGCAGCAACUGGAAAGGGGAAAAACAUCCUGACAGUGUAUAUUCAGACACAUACGGUCAGCAUCAUGAAGCUCUGGACGCCUCAACUCAUGACAUUCCUCUGUAUGGUGCUACUGUCUGUGCUGGGAGUGAUAAAAGAAAAACACAGCUGGGCUGAAAUGUUACUUGAGGAGUGCUGGGGACAGCCAAAUGUCCUUGAAUGCACCAAGAAGUGUUCUGGAACCUUUAAAUGUAUAAACAAAAAUCACACAUGCUGCUGGACCUAUUGUGGAAACAUCUGCUGGAAAAAUAAAGAAAUCUUUGAAAGACAUCUAAAACCCUAA